AUGCUAAAAUGUGUUGACCCCCAGGGCGAUGUGGUUAUCAACACAUCUUCCAAGGGGUUUUCCCUCCUCGUUUCCUCCAAAAUCCUCUCCGUCGCCUCACCCGUCUUCGCCGCCAUGUUCUCCCCGCACUUCCGCGAGGGCAACUCGCUAGCCACAGCUCCCGCUCCAAUCACAAUUGACUUAUUGGAAGACGCGCCGGAGGCUCUGGAGAACAUCUGCAACGUGCUACACUACAAACAUGACCUCGUCACGGUGAAGAUGCACUUCCAUGAGCUGCUCGAAAUCGCGGUCGUCGCGGAUAAGUACGACCUGGCCAAGUCAUUGGGACCAUGGCGAUAUAUAUGGCUGAAUAGAGUUGUAUUACCAGAGUGUGGCUCAUGUGACGGGGGAGGCUGGCAACGGGAGAUAUUCUUGAUGUAUGUGUUUGGACAGGCAUCUGAAUUCAAAUCGUAUACGUCGAUGGAGAUUACAUGGUUGGAGCCCUGUUAUGGUGAUAAGGGAAUGUUUGAACCGCUUCCGGAUAGAAUCAUGGCCGCAGUCAACGCCGCCCGCCUCGCCGCCAUGGAUAAGGUUCUCGACAUCGCCGAGACCGCCCGCCUCCAGUAUCAGUCUCCUGGAAGGAAGUGUAAUAGGUCGCAAGGCUGCGACGCUACACUCCUAGGAUCUAUUAUACACUGCUACUCAAAAAUCGGUAUAUUUCCGCCGCCGCAAAGCCCGUAUGAGAUAUUCUGCGUCGGACAUUUAUCAAAAAGCUUGGAGAUGAUCCGGGGAUCGCUUACCGGGCAUCAGGAAUGUGUGGAUUUGUGGUUCAAUGAGAUGAUUCGUGAAGUGGCCAAAGUGAUGGAACCGGAGGAUGGAGUACCGGGUCUAGAGCUGAAGGCGUUCAUGAAGUAA